GAGGAACCAUUCCAGCUUCCCUGCAUUAGUCAUGUCAAAAACUGUUCUUCUAACCUCAAUUUCUGGUUCUAUAGGACUGAAAUGUGCCAGUGACUGAGAACUGUCUUAUGAACUGGGGGAGGCAGGGGCUGUUAUGUAAUAAAGACAUUAAAACGUAGAUAGCUUGAGUUUCUGAACAUGAUCUAUAGAAAUGCUUCUUUGAAUAAACAUUCUUAAAGUGUUUGUCACUAUACGAAGUAAACAUUGCAUUGAAAACAACACCGCCCCCUGAAAAGCUGUUGCCUGCUCUGAUAAGGGAAAGUUGAGUUUGGGGUGGAGUGGUUGAUUUUGUUUUUCCCCUCCCAGUAUCUGAUUAGAGCUGAACCUAUUCCAGAAAGUCAGUAAAUACUAAUGAGUAGUAUUUUAUAUUUUAAUUUUUUUUUCCCCCUCAAAAAGUCCACUAUGUAAGAACUUGCUGGGCUUGCAAAAUUGAUCACUUGAACUAGUACUAAACCUUGAACUGAAGUCUGUGAUGGUGAACAUGUCAGUGUCAUACAAGUGGAGAAAACCACGAUCCUUGAAGUGAAGCUGUGGGCCUGGCCCAGGACCAUUCCCUUUAAGCUAAACUGUUCCCUUGAGCCCAUUGCUGUCUCCUGUGACUCCUGCAUAGUCACCUUUGGUGUCCUUUGCCAGGCACUAUUGUUAGCUUCCUGUCCAGGGUUUCUGCAGCACCUCCUGGCAGGGGCCCAAACAGGGGGUUGCCCUUUUCCCUCCUAGACUAGCUGCCACCCACCGUGACCUGUGGCUGGCUUUUCUGCAGCCCUGCAGACAUCCCUUGGGUUUGCAGACCUUUCCAACUGGAGAGGGCUGGGUCCUUGUCUUACAGUUGUGUUGGUGUCACUUUUUGGGGUAUGGAAAUUGUACUGGGGUUUUUUUUCUGGCUUGCACAUCUUAUUGGGAGAGAGGACUUUCAGGCGAUUCCUGGAGAAAGGGAGCACUUCUGAGCAGCAGAACAUGCCUGCUUAGGGUGGGAAAUAUGAGUGAGGCAAUUCAUUCUCUGUUGUUUCCUGAGAGAGAAAUAUGUUUAUGGGCAGUUUAAAGGGAUUCAGGGUUUUAGAUGUGAGAUGGUUUCAGAAAGGAUUUAUUUGAGCUGCCUCUGUCAGUUGCCUGUCACUACCGUGUGCUGUAAUGCUGCCGUCUGUGCUAUUAGCAAGGAAAAAAGUGAUCGGAAGUCAGCAAAGGAGCAAUUGCACAUCUCACCCCCAGUUGAUCAGAACUUAAUCUUUGGACGAAUUAGGCCACCAUGUACUACUGUCCCAUUUGAAUUCAUAAAGUGUAUGGGAGAAGGUGGAAAAUAAAAAAGAUCCUGAUUUUUCAAGUCUAUGACUUUAAAAUAGUAAUGGCUGCAAUACUGUAGAUAUGACUCUUCUGCAUAGCAAACUGGUUACUCAUAGCUGCAGCGCUGUAGAUAUGACUCUUCUGCAUAGCAAAUGCAUUUUAGACAAGCACUAAACCUAAGAGCUUUGGCACUAAGCAAAAGGUUAGUGAAAUCCUGAUCAUCAGUAACCCUCAUUCUCCAUGAUGGGAUAUUAUGAUUCCAGUAUAAUAAUGAAGAGCUGUGAAUGUGCUGAUUUCUGUUUUAGCAGAUCAAUAUUGUGAAGUGAGUGUACUUAGCCAAGUUGAACUCUAAAUAUAGACUGAAAGGGGCAGUCUGUUUCACAGCUAUCUUUAUGGGUACUGCAGAACCCGACAGUUCCUACGGGACUACAAGUAGAGAGAGGAACUGCAGAACAACUUUUCUUCACAUGAUUUUCACUGGCUGAUUUCUUCCAUGCUGGCACAUUACUUGAAUGUAACUAUGUUAGACAAUGGAGAGGCCUUCCUUGGAAUUUAACCUGCCUGAUACUCAUCAGGAAGGAAAACUUUAUGUAGUUGAUUCCCUAAACAACCUAAACAAGCUAAAUGUUUGUCCAGCUGAAUCCCAACAUUCACUAGAUGAGGAAGAGAACACUGGUGGUGCUGAAGAACACAUGGCAGGGAGCAACACAAGAAACCAGUGCUUGCUCUUCAUCACCUUUAUUCUUACUUUGGCUGUCGCUUUGGCACUUGUUUCAUUUGUAAUAUUCUUAAUAUUUCAAACUAGAAAUGAGGUGGACCAAAUAUCAAGCAGACUACUAUCUGAAAAGAAGAACAUAGAAGAGCUGAAGAAACUCAACAAUAUUAUAUUAAAGCAUCUGAAUCAAUCCAGAAAUAUGGAAAAGCCUUCUGAUCUUCAUUAUUUCUUCUUUACCCAUGCUCAGCUCAAAGUCCCUGGAGAAUAAAUCUUCUUAGGAAAGAAAUUCAGCAUAUUCAUAACUCAGAUAUUUUCACAUAUGGCACACAGAUUGCAGAACAUGGUUGCUGAAACACUGCUGGAAAAGCCAGCUGAAUGAAAAAUAUUAGCAAAUAGUAUUUUAUCCUGUUUUAUGUGGACGUAGAUUUGUAAUACUAAGCCUAUAUGAUUGAUGAUAAACAAUGGGUUGUCAGUGUGGGACAAGACUUCCAGAUUUCCUGUGCAUAGUAAAUAACAGGGGUAAGGGCCUAGUUUUACUUUAAAUGUAAGUGAAUGAUCACAGAAAAUCACAAGUUCUAUUCACAUGAUUCCAGCAUGACCUUGCUCACUUAAUCAUUCUUCUGUUACCUUUGUACAACCUUUCUGUUUAUUUCUAUUACUAUUUGUAUUUAAGGAUAACUUCAGAUUUCAUAACUUAUAAAUAAAUCCAUUUCUAGCCUAG